AUGGACAAAGAUCAGCACGUUUACAUACCUCCGCCUCUGGAUCUCUCUCAUCACUACUCGUACACGACGAAGAACCGCCAGGCGAGCAGCGUGAAGAACUUCUACAAAUACUUCCAGAUUCCUGGAAUCCACAACUUGGCUGGAGGCCUGCCCCACGUAUCGUAUUUCCCCUACGACACCCUCGAGGCGACCGUUGCGCUACCCCAGCGAUUCAAGCCGACACCAAAUAUACCGGUCGGUCCUCCCGAGGAUGAUGUGGUGGACGUUGCGAGCCUCGAGCAACCGGCAUCGGCCCGGGUCAUGGUGCCCAAGGAGAGCGGCGCGACGGACCUCAUAAAGAAGAUUGACCUCUCUACGGCUCUGCAGUACGGUACCGCUGAAGGAUAUCCUCCGCUUCGGGCGUUCAUUAAGCAGUUCGUCCGUCAGCACCUCCAUCCAAACGUCCCUUAUGCAGGAGGUCCGGAUGUCAUCCUGUCAUGCGGCUCGACCGACGGUUUCUCCAAAGCACUCGAGGCAUUCACCAAUGUGUGGAACAAAGACCGCGAUUGGAUCCGCGAUAGGGAGGGGAUCGUUUGCGAGGAGUUUGCCUAUAUGAACGCCAUCCAGACUGCGAAACCCAAGGGUCUCAAUAUCGUGGGGAUCGCGGUCGACGAGCAGGGAAUGAUGGCGUCUGGAGAGGGCAGUCUAGCAGACGUUCUCGACAAUUGGGACUUCAGGAAAGGUCGCCGUCCGCACCUCAUGUACACUGUAACGAUCGGUCAGAAUCCCACCGGAGGGACACUUUCCGUCGAGCGUCGCAAGGAAAUCUAUGCUCUAUGCCAAAAAUACGACAUCAUCAUUAUCGAGGAUGAUCCCUACUGGAACCUACAGUUUCCGUCUGCAUAUUCACUGGCCAAAAAGUACAGGGGGGACUCGACAGGAGUCAACCUCUACAAUCGCAACUACAACUCGCACGGAAAGUCCUCGGGCUACGAGUUCUUGGAUUCACUCGUCCCUUCGUACCUCUCCCUAGACACGGAUGGCCGAGUCGUCCGUCUGGAUACGUUCUCCAAGACUAUCGCGCCUGGCUGCCGUCUGGGAUGGAUCACAGCGCAGCCGGCCAUUAUCGAGAGAUUAACUCGGAUCGCCGAGUCAUCCACACAACAACCAUCAGGUUUCGUGCAGGCAAUGGUUGCAAAAAUGAUAAUGGGGCCCGAAGCCAAGGAGCAGAGCGGAAGAGACGUGGAUUUGCAAGGUAAACACGGCUGGAAAAUGGACGGUUGGGUGCGGUGGCUCGAAGGUCUGCGCGGGGCGUAUGAGCGCCGGAUGCAGGACAUGUGUACCGCUCUGGAAGAGGGCAAAUACAUCGUCCAAGACAGUACCGACCGUGACCUUUUCAAUUCCAUGGGCGAUCUGAGUGACUGGGAGGUCGUGAACAAGGUCAAGAUGUUCGACUUCGUAUGGCCGAUGGCUGGCAUGUUUGUCUGGAUGAAAAUCUGCAUUGACACUCAUCCUCUCUUUUCUCAGCUUGGCGGAGAGAAACUCUGCAAGGCCCUCUGGAUUCACCUGACGCGGAAGCCAUAUCUGUGCCUUGUGGCCCCGGGCCAGAUGUUCGCUCCGACGCAGAAGACCAUGGAUAUUGCCUAUCAAUAUAUGCGCCUCUGUUUCGCUCCAAUGGCAGCCAGUGAUGUGACGGAAGCAAGCCAGAAGACCGUGGAGGGCUUCAAGGCUUUCUGGCAGAUUAAGGACCCCAAAGAUAUCGAUGACCACGAAGAGUCCAUUAAUUUAACUAUAUAUUUUCUAGCUCAUAUAAGAUUAUCUCCCUGCGUUACCGUGCUUAGGGUCAGCACGGAGACAUACGCCGGGGAAUAUUACUCGAUCGCAAAAGAAGAACACGACUACGAAAAUACCAUGUCUUUACCCCUCGACUCGGUACAGAACAGCGACCUCGCUGAAGAGAUCGAGGCGAUCAAUGCGAUCUACGAACCUACGACCGUUACCCUCACCAGCAAUAGCAGAGCUACCUCAACAUCCACAUCCACACUAGAUCUUGCCGAUGCGAAUACCUCCUCAGCAGUAACGACGACAGUAACCCUCCAGAUCCCGAACCAUCCGCAUCUCUCCUUCGUUAUUGGCUUCGACGCCAAGUAUCCAGAGACAGCGCCGCGUGUUAUCGGAACCGCAUCGACGAGUUCGCGCGGCGAGGGCAAGAUCGCAGUGGAUGUUCUAGAGGAUAUUGUGAGAAGGAUACAUCAGCCGGGACUGGUGUGUCUGUUUGAUGUGAUCAAUGAGGCAGUGGAGGCGUUCGAGGAGUUGAAUAUUGGUGGGAAUAGAGAGGAGCAGAAUGGACACGGGGGUGCUGAGAAGAUCACCGACGAGGAUACGACGGCAACUGGGGAUGAUGAGGUCGAUUACGUCGCGGGCGAUGUUGCGAAAUUAUCUCUACGUGAAGCGUUCGGUCUUGAGAGUCCCCCGGACUGGAUCCUGUCGGAUGUCAUCUCGGAGAAGAAAUCGGUGUUUGUCGGACGAGCCGCGCACGUAACGAGUCUGGAGCAAGCCCAAGCGUUUCUGGAUCAUUUGCUGGCGACGGAGAAGAAAGUUGCGGCUGCAACGCAUAAUAUCAGUGCAUGGCGGAUUCGGCAGAAGAAAGCGCCUGCGGGCGGGAAGGGUGACUCGUCCUCGACGGGAGAGACGAUCAUUCAGGACUGCGAUGAUGACGGCGAGACGGCUGCGGGUGGACGUCUUCUGCAUCUCAUGCAACUGAUGGAUGUUUGGGAUGUAGUGGUUGUCGUUUCCAGGUGGUAUGGUGGCAUCAAGCUGGGUCCGGAUAGAUUUCGCAUCAUCAACGCUGCUGGCAGAGAUGCCUUGGUCAAGGGUGGCUUUGGGAAAGGAGAAGGAUCGGGUGCGAAUGAGAAGGGGAAGAAGAAAGGGAAGAAAUGA